AUGUCUGACGUCGAUCGGGUGGCAAUUCAUGAGCCGCUUCAAUCUAUGGACAGUGACAUGUUCUCAAGGCCCCUCAUCGGAAUAUCGCACUCGCUUCUCUCGCGUUUCGAUUUGUUCUUUAUCGUGACAGAUGAUUCUGAUGAGCAUCGAGAUCGGAAGAGAUCCGAACAUGUCUUGCGCAUGUAUCGUUACUUACAACCCGGCGUGGAAGAAGGCACUCCAGCUGUUGAUGUCCUCCAGCAGAACCUGUCAGUCGGCAUUGGAAUUGAUUCUCUCGACCCCGGUGCUGCCAAGGAAACCAUUGAAGCGCUGUCGAUAGAGUUUAUCAAAAAAUACAUCCAAUACGCUAAGAACAACUGUAAACCCGCUCUCACUCAAGAUGCGACCACCCUGAUCGUCGAAGUUUAUUCAUCUCCUCGAAAUGAUGACCUACAGUCCAACCAAAAGAGGACGACUCCGCUUACCGCACGUACUCUGGAAACUCUGAUCCAUCUGGCGACUGCGCAUGCCAAAGCGCGACUAUCGCCGACGGUCAGCACAGCUCAUGCGCAUGGCGCGGAAGCGAUUCUACGCUUUGCACUAUUCAAAGAGGUGAUCAAGUCGCGGAAGAGCCGGAGUGGAAACAAGAGGAGGAAGGUGGACAAGCCGAAGAAAGGAGUUGUUGGUUCCGAUGAGCAAGAGAUGGACGAUGAAGACGAAAGCGAUGAAGAGGCUGAGGCUGAGGCUGAGGCCACAGACCCAGCCCAGCCGGCCAGUCGCUCGAAGUAUCCUACACGCUCCCGAGGAACCGUGCCUCAAGCGACCGCCUCUGGCUCUCAUUCUCUCAACCAACAAUCAUCUGAGCAGAUGGAGGUAGAUCUUAUCCCUGUUCGACCUACUACGGCGCAAGAAUCGCAGAUCGCCGAUUCGAAUUCCACAAGCCUCGCCGAGCUGAGUGUUGAAAGACUGUUUAAGCAAAGACUAGGAAAGACGUGUAUGCGCUCGGAUGAUGCGAAGAUCGAGAUUGAUGAGCUGCUGGCACUGGUCAAUGAAGGAACGGACAGACUGAUCUUCGACCAGAUCGAGGCUACCAAGAUCUUGACGAUCAUGCAUGAUGCCAAUGAGCUUAUGUAUUCCAGUGGCUCAAUCUUCAAAAUCUGA